GCACAAACAUCAUAUCUAGCACCCUUCGAAAAUGGCGAGUUCCCAAAAGCAUUUCAAUGCAUUUUCAUUAGUAUUAUUGUUAUUAUGCUUAGCUCUUCCACUCAAUUUAGCUCGCCGAGUUGGUUUCUACGCUAAAUCUUGUCCGAAUGCUGAAAAUAUCAUUCGACAAAUUGUUCAACAACGGUUCAAGGCCGAUAGAUCUGUCCCUGCAGCCUUGUUGCGCAUGCAUUUUCAUGAUUGUUUUGUUAGGGGUUGUGAUGCAUCGAUACUAAUUGACUCGACCAACAAUAAUCAAGCAGAAAAAGACGCAAGUGCGAAUGGUUCUGUAAGAGAGUAUGCACUCAUAGACCAAAUCAAGACUGCUCUAGAACGAGCAUGCCCUCAAAAGGUCUCUUGUGCAGAUAUCAUAGCUCUUGCUACUCGAGAUGCAGUUUCUCUAGCCGGAGGGCCUAAAUACAAUGUGUCAACGGGAAAACGUGAUGGGCUUAUUUCUAGGGCUAGUGAAGUAAACCUUCCUGGGCCGGGCUUUACCGUUUCUCAGGCCCAACAAUCAUUUAGUGCCCGUGGGUUAAGCCUUAAUCAUAUGGUGAUCUUAUUGGGUGGUGGGCAUACCAUAGGAGUAGCCCAUUGCAAUUUCUUCCAAAACAGGCUAACCAACUUCCAAGGAACCGGAGCUCCAGACCGUACCAUGGAUAAGGCAUUGGUCAAAAAGCUUAGCGGACUUUGUGGUUCGAACACAAAUGCAAAUCCGACUACUUUCCUUGAUCAAAACACGUCGUUUGUGUUUGAUAACGAGUACUAUAACCAAAUUAGAAAAAACAAAGGGAUAUUAAAAAUCGACCAAGAGCUAGCACUUGACCCUUUGAGUGCUAGAACAGUCUCGAAGUUUGCUUCCAAUAAUAACAAUUUUAGACAAAGCUUCGUAAAGGCCAUUAUUAAAAUGGGAAAUAUUCAGCAAGGAAAUGCCGGAGAAAUUAGAAAAAAUUGUAGGAGGACAAAUUAAAAAUAGCGCUUAUGACUACAUAAUCUUAAGUUGUUUGUUAAGUUUUCUUAUGUUACCAAAAAUGUUUCGACUAGAAUUUUGCAAUUGAUUAUUAAUUUCACGUGGGAUAGGUCAUAUGAUCGAAUUUUGUCUCCUGUAUUUGUAAUUUGUAUUGUCUUUAUUAUUCAUUUACAAUAAAAGAAAGUAAAUAUAGAGGUACAAGUAGAAUAGGUGGUGUAAAUUCGUACACCGUAUAUCUCAAUGAAGGGAAUAUCUUAAAUUGUUAUACUAUCUCCGUUUCAAAAUUAUCUUUACAAAUAUUAAUUGCACAAAAUAUUAGGACAAAAGAGAAAGUGUGUAAAAAGGUCGGUG